AUGAGCACUACAACAGCAACAACAAAAGCAACAGCGACUUCUAGCAGUAGCAGACGCACCAGUAGUCACAGCACCACAGCUUCUACUACUACUACUAGUAGCGUUCGAGAAGAGACUGACGAUUCGAUUCCCAUUUACACCCACGGCGACGACGCAGCUAGCGAAAGACGAACGACUUCUACUACUAGUAGUACUACUUCUACUACUACAGCCAAUACGGACAGCCUGACCAAGCAGACAACCUUUGUCAUCAUUGACAAACAAGAACAAGAAGAAGACGAGUUGCUCAACAACUCGGAAGCGAAUCCCUACUGGACUUCAGCAGCUCCGCUGGUUUCCAUUUCCACGAUGAGGAGCGUGGUCAAUCUCGUCGCAACCGAAGCUACACUGCUCAGUGGCAACCUUGACGAUUGCUAUGAGGUGGACGAUGACUCUUGUCAAGCUGGAGUUGCCGCGGUGGGGGCGUUUGUACGGCAUUGGGCUAAAGAUCAACCUACCUUGGUGUUUCCCAAGUUUGAAAAACAAUCCCAGUUUGUACAAGUCCAUCCAUUGGGCUGGAGCGUCAACCGGCUCAUUCUACAAGGCAUGCUGGGAUGGAAACUACUCAUGAGUACCCCCUCGUUGCUCUUGCAAAAUCAACGAGAUGAAUUUGGCAGUCAACGCGAUUUAUCGUAUCUGCAAUCGCGACAAUUCCCACUCUUGCUCACCAAUGUCGUUGUUCCACCCAGUAACAGUUGGGCACUCGAUUAUCACGAAUACAUUCAUUUUGAUCAUGACACGGGCAUGGCACUCCUCAGUAUUGCCAAUAGUGGAGAACCGCUCAAUCACAAUCAAGUCGCAUCCGCCUGGGGAGCCCUUUAUACCAUUGCCGAUCGCAAUCGAGAACUGGGGUGUCUUACGGUGACAGAAGACGCACGACAGGCACUCUUUGAAUCCUAUCAAGACGUUUACAUGAAUGGGGAUACUUCCAGCAGUAGUAGCAAUAGCAAUGAUCCGCAGUGUUGGAUUCCCGUGGUGGUGUUUGACGAUGGACAAACGGGAAAAUUUGCAGCAUUCAUCGAAGGAGUCAUGAAACAUCCACAUCCGCCUUACCUCAUUAUUGAUGUCGACAAGAAUGCCGUCGAUCUGUAUCCAACACCCAUGCUGGUACACGUUCCCAUUGGCAACAACCACAACAGCACAAGAACCGAGGGAGGCAUCACUAAUACUACUACGACAACAAUAAUACGACAACCAUCCAAACCCGUCUGGAUUCAUAGUUUUGGACGCAAAGAUGACAUUUACUAUCAACAUCAACUGGUACUCGAUUGGACCACGUUGCCACCCAUUCUGCUAAAUGUCACACUUAUUCAAGAGGAUAUGGAAGUUGUCCCGCCGGAAUACAAGGAUGACACGUAUGCCAAUCAUAUUCGAUUUCUACGACAACAGGCCGAUUCCGCCAUUCAAAAUGAUCCACAAGUGGGAUACUCCACCGCAUUUCCAGUGGCACGAGAGGGAGAAUAUCGACGGUGUCAAGGGGGCGAGUGCGAGGUUGGAAAUCUGUUCACGGAUGCGCUUCGUUGGAAGGCACAUGCCGACGUGGCCUUUGUCACUUCGGGAGGGUUGCGGGGGAGUGGGUGGCCUGCGGGGCCGGUUCGUGUUAGCAAUAUCUGGGCAUCGCUGCCCUUCCCCAAUAGUAUUUGCACGGGUAUCAUGAGUGGACUGAGCCUCUUUCGCAUGAUGGAUUAUUCCAUCUCCAUCUCGACCUUUGAGGGGUAUGAUACCAACGAUGGGGAUCGAUUGCUGCAGAUUUCAGGGAUGAAUAUUGUCUACAAUACCGAUAUUCCACGAGGAACUACACGGAUUCUCUCCAUUGAUGUAUGGAAUCGUGACGUGAAGGAAUGGUUGCCGAUCGAUCGCUUGGGAAUGUACAAAUUUGCGACUGACAGUUAUCUUUGCAGCGCCUACGAUCCUUAUCCCGACUUCUUGGGUGCCAAUGGGAAUUACACAAUGGAAGGUGAAGUGCCAGGCACUAUUGGAGAUGCAUUGGUCCAGAAUGCCGUGGGGGAAUUUCUGGGCCAGCUGGAUGGUCCAUAUGAUGGUGCGAUUCAGGGACGACUAGCCAACAACACUGAGAGUUUUGAAGUCUUGGACCUGGGGCAGACCAAGGAGAAUUGUCCCGUCAACAACUACUGGUCGGAACGACGAGGAGCUUGUUUUGCGUGUCCCGAUUCAAGUUACGUGGAGUUCUCGGACGCGAGCUUGGAAUUUGAAGGCCAACAGAGUGGCGAUGGCGGCAUCAUUCCUUCCGAGGAUUCCAAAGCAUCCAGCGUCUACAAUGCGACAUCCAACUCCACCGAUCCGUCCAUCUUUGAGGAUGUCCUGCGUGGUCGGAUUUUGCUAGUUAAUCGAGAGUUGUUCAAUUUCUCGGUUGUCCCAAAGGCCAUCCCGUCAUGGCUCAAGUUCAUCGAAGAAGGAGAGUUAUCGGAACGAUAUGUCGUGGGUGGUCCGACAACAGCGUUGCCGUCCGGAAGCAGCUUGGCGCUCGACUUUGUGGUUGGCGACAAGAGUAUACGGUCGGGCACGGCUCUUGGUACCGUGUCGUUCGGAAUCCUUGGCCGCAGUGUGCAAGGAGAGGAAGGCAUUCGGUCUUGUGACGACUACAGUCGCGAUGCCACGUUCGACGUCUUUUUGAAAGUUACCCCCCCGCAGGAACUCAACGAAUUGGGAGGCUUGCGAUACAUUGGAAUUGGGAUGAUGAUUGUCACUUUGCUAUCUGCGGCGUUCUUUGGGUACUGUCUUUUCAAAUAUCGGGAAACAGCAAUACUAAAGACGAUGCAGCCAAUCUUCCUGGUGACCAUUUGCUGUGGCGUAUUCACAAUGGCCUUUACCAUCCUUCCACUCAGCCUUGACGACAUGAUUCUCUCCGACAAGGGUGCGGACGCAGCGUGUAUGGCAACUCCUUGGUUACUGUCAAUGGGCCUUGUCGUCAUCUUCUCGGCUCUUUAUUCCAAACUUUGGAGAAUCAAUCAACUGUUCAACGUGGCAUCGUUUCGCCGUAUGAAGGUUACGGAGCGGGAUGUGUUGCUUCCCUUCGCAGUGCUUUUUUCUUUGAAUACUGCUCUGUUGAUCGCUUGGAACAUUGUCGAUCCCUUGCGGUCAGAACGGUUGGCUGUAGAGGGAGAAGAAUGGAAGAGCUAUGCUGCCUGUCGGUCGGAUGGUGUGGGUUACGUUCUGAUGUAUACGAUCGGAGCUGUCAAUGUUGCAGCGCUGCUGAUGGCUUGCUAUCAAGCGUACCAAGCCCGGAAUAUUAGUGUGGAAUUUGCAGAAAGUCGAUCUGUUGGUCUCGCCGUGGGAUGUUGGCUGCAAGUGUUGCUUGUCGGAUUCCCAGCGCUUUAUCUCGUUGAUCCUGACGAUAUUGUGGCAAGCUACUUCCUUCAAGUUGGCUUAAUUGUUGUUCUUGCAAUGAGUAUGAUGCUCAUUAUCUUCGGGCCUCUGGUUAUGAUGGUAUUUCAAUACAAACGCAACCCCGGUUCUCUCAAUGGUGGAAGGGCGCGAGGAUCAGUGUUCAUCACCGGCACAAGCUCUCAUCACGAGACCGGCUCGUUCUACAGCGGCUACAACGGCAGUGGCCGUACUGGCGGCAGCUUGCGAAGAUCGCAACCUUUUGCAGGCAUGAGAAACAGCAAGAGACACUCCUUCGCGGGCCAAGAUGACAAGACACUGAAAGAAAUGGUGGCGAUUGUUGCUUCGAAAGAGCUUGGAAUCAGCGGCAGUGGCAACGGCAGCGGUAAUGCCAGCGCAUCUUCUUUGGGUGACAGCUUUAAUGCCAGCAAGCCGUUCGAGGUGCCGGUACAUCCCGUGGAGAGAUUUCAAGACGAAGAAUCGAGCAACGCAAAUUUGGAGACAGAUUUUAGUCGGAAACGAGUUUCCGAUAUUAUCGAGGAAUCGGAAUCAGUCUGUUCAGCGUCCAUUGCGAGCUCGAGACACGUAUUGGCUUCAAGGCCGUUGUUGGAAGAUCUGGCUGAUUCGAUCACUUCCAUCAAGUGUCCAGAACAAGAUGUGACGCCACAAAUGUUGCUUCUCGACCUGGUCCCCAGGUCUACAGCACAGAAGAUGCUUGACGAGUCAGAAUCGACAGUGCCUUUCUGUGGCGGCGACUUCCUGUCGGAUAAUUUGCUUGGAAAUGACUCUGACUCGUCCGUUCCAUUCCAAGGAAGCAACCAUUUUCUGGAUGACGGUAGCGCGGUAUCGGGAGAGCCAAUGGAUGGCUCAAGCAGGCGAAGCAGGGGAAAGGGGCGUGUCUCAGAUUCUGAAGUUCCACCACUGACCAAAGAGGAAAUCCCGUCGAAUGAAACAAGUGCAACGGAUCUGUCUAGGAGCGCAUCCAGCUACAGUCAACAUCUUCUCCAAAGUAGCUGCAGCGAACGUACCCAAUCACAAAGAGGCCACGUGACAGUUGCGGUGUCAUAUCACAACAGCGACUCCUCCUCUAAGCAAGAAGAUGUAUUUGAAAGGGAUGCGGGAAAGCCUGUGGCGACCAAGCCUGUAAUUGCAACCAUUGAGAAUCGCACAUCCAAGAAAGAAAAGGAGAUUCCAUUCUCAAGUCGUUUUGUCGACUACAAGAAUCGGCUGAGUUCCUUGAGAUCUGAAGAUGGAACUCUUUCUACCAUUGAUAGCCCUACAAGGGAAAGCAGGCCUGCAGACAGUAUCACGAAAAUGAAUGACAGUUUGGUGCAAGUACAAGAUGAGAGCAAUGGGAGUGGCGUUGACCGACGGGGUAGCUUUCAGAUGAUGAAUGACUACAUUGUCGAAAGCUUGAGAGACGUCAGCGACCACGAGUCGUCGGCGCCGGAUAGGUUGGACCACAGCGGCACACGUCGGCAAAAUGAUCGCAAAAGU